ACGCGCACGACGUGCUCACGCAUGCGCAACACUCCGGGACCCGUCCCUUGUUUCCGGGAUUUGCUUGCAGGUCGCCGCCCGCCGCCUCGCGGACACACUGGCGUCUGUGGGCCAGUGAAGAGAAUGUCUGUGGUACACCAGUUGUCACCUGGGUGGUUACUAGAUCAUCUUUCUUUCCUUAACAAGAUAAACUAUCAAAUUCACAAGCCUCAUGAGCCUUGUUGCAGUAAAAAUGAGUCCACUUCUCUCCACUUGGCUUCUCUUCAAAUGGAUUCUAUGUCUUCGUUUGGAGCCUCUGCUGCAUUUAUUGCUUCUGACUCUACUGCUAAGCCACAGAAUGAUAUUGGAGGAAAUUGUGAAAUGUUCACACAGAAAUACUUUUUUCGAUCUGAACUAUUUAAUAUCACCAAACCUUAUAUAACUCCAGCUAUUCACAAAGAAUACCAACAAAGUAAUGAGAAGGAAGAUCUAAAGAAUGAUGUUAAAAAGGAGAACUCCACUUCUAUUAUUGGGAAGAAGCGCAAAAGAUGUGUUACUUUCAAUCAAGGUGAAUUGGAUGCUAUGGAAUACCAUACAAAGAUCAGGGAGCUGAUUUUGGAUGGAUCUUUACAGUUAAUCCAAGAGGGUCUCAAAAGUGGUUUUCUUCAUCCACUAUCUGAAAAUCAGGACAAGUAUAGUGAGCCUGUCACUUUGCCACUUGAUACUUGCAGUUUGUCAGGACUAUGUGCAAUGGCAAAGAAUUUGCCUUCAUUCAGUGAAACUGAACUUCAGAUGUUACAAUUGAUAGAUGAUGACAUGUCUGUUACAGAGAAGGAUUUAUUUUCACGGCUUGUUGAAAACAGCUCUAGAUUUACAAGAAUGAUUACUUUAAUGGGACAGAAGUACUUGCUGCCACCAAAAAGUAGUUUUCUUUUGUCUGACAUUUCUUAUAUGAAACCACUUCUGAACUGUAGGAAAACAUUUGAUGUCAUUGUGAUAGAUCCACCAUGGCAAAACAAGUCAGUUAAAAGAAGUCACAAAUAUAGUUAUUUAUCACCACAAGAAAUAAAGCAAAUACCUGUCCCUGAACUGGCUGCUCCAAACUGUCUUGUUGUUACUUGGGUGACCAACAGACAGAAGCAUCUACGGUUUGUAAAGGAAGAGCUCUAUCCUUUUUGGUCUGUGGAGAGAGUUGCCGAAUGGCACUGGGUAAAAAUCACCAGUUCAGGAGAAUUUGUGUUCCCAUUAGAUUCUCCACACAAAAAGCCUUAUGAAGUUCUUAUAUUGGGAAGAAUUCAGGAAAAAGCUACUUUAUCAUUAAGGAAUACAGAUGUGAAAGUGCUCCCCAUUCCAGAUCACAAAUUAAUUGUCAGUGUGCCUUGUAUUCUACAUUCACAUAAGCCACCUCUUACUGAGGUCCUCAAAGACUACAUCAAACCAGAUGCAGAAUGUUUGGAAUUGUUUGCUCGGAACUUACAGCCAGGCAGAGUUACUGAGAGGCAGAGGCAGAAAGAGAGAGAGGUCUUCUAUCUGCUAGUUCACCCCUCCAAAUGACUGCAAUGGCAGGAGCUGGGCUGAUCUGAAGCCAGGAGCCAGAAGCUUCUUCCAGGUCUCCCACGUGGGUGCAGGACCCCAAGGACUUGAGCCAUCUUCUACUGCUUUCCCAGGCCAUUUCGCAGAGAGCUGGAUCAGAAGUGGAGCAGCCGGACUCGAACUGGCACCCAUAUGGGAUGCCGACACUGCAGGCAGUGGCUUUACCUGCUAAGCCACAGUGCCGGCUCCUCUUUUUGAUAUUGAAGUAUAAUUUUCAUGUAAUAAAAUUUCCAAUUUUUGUUGUAGAGUACAAUGAGAUUUAAAACCAUCUGUAUAGUUGUAUGCUUGCCACUAUCAUCAUGAUAUAGAGAACAUUUCCUUUACCCCCAGACUUUUCAGUUGUCACUUUGCAGUCAGUUUCUUCCUCUGAUCCUUGGUCCCUGGCAAACACUGAAAUAUUUUCUCAUUAAUUUUGUUUUUAUAGAAUUUCAUGUAUGUGGGACCAUAUAAUGUUUAAUGUAUUAUGUUUGACUUUUUUCACUUAGCAUUUUGAGAAAAGUAUUCAUACUAUUUACAGAUUGUUUACAUAUACUUAUCUGCUAGUUAAAAUAUUAGACUAAAAGGAUGCUUUGACAAGCUCCCAAAUUUACUUACUGAUUUUGUCAAUGAAAGAUAUUUCUGAGGUUUUUUCAUCCUGUGAAUGAGAAUAUAGUUUCAGAGGCUUGGUUUUGUGUUUACUAAGGUAUUCUAACUCAUUUAGGAAAAAUGUAUUGAACUUGAAGCAAACUUCUUACAAUGUCAUUUCAAAUUCUUUUCAGCUUCCUGUGAUGUUUAUAGAUUUUAUUUUAUUUUUUUAAGAUUGAUACUUAUAGAUUUUAUAUAAUUUGUGGAAAUAUUUAUCCUUACUCAGUUUUUGAGCUUUUAUUUUUAUAUAAAACACAAGUACUGGUACUGAAAGAGAAAAAUAGUUUAUAUUAUUUAGUUAAAAAUUUUAAAUUAAAGUCUAUUUAUUUGAAAUAUGUAUAGAGAGAUAUCUUCCUUCCUUCCACUGGUUCACUCCCCAUGUGCCUUCAAUAACAUGGGCUGAGGGCAGGCUAAAUCCAGGAACCAGAAGCUACAUCCAGAUCUCCCACUUGGGUGGCAGGAACCCAAGUACUUGGGCCAUCAUCUGCUACUCUCAGGCAUGUUAGCAGGAAGCUGGAUUGAAAGUGAAGGUAGGUCUCAAACUCUAGCACUCUGAUAUGGGUUGUACAUAUCCCAAGUGGCAGUUUAACUUGCUGUGCCACAAGGCCCACCCCAUAAAAAAUUUAUUCAAUGAAUCUGAUACUCAAAUAGUAGGAGUUCUAAGUUCUGCUCCUAAGUUACACUACCUAUGGACCUUGUUUUUAACAGUGGUUUAAUUAUUGGAAUUUUUUUUGAGGAAAGGAUGAUUAUGCAAAAUGUAACACACACCUUUGUGAGAACAAAAUGAAGCAGUAUGAGCAUUGAAUUUCAUUACCAGUUAGUUUUAGUCAUCUGAUCUGAGGUACUUACAUACUAUAAGGCAUAUUUGUUCAGAGCUUUUUUCUGUUACUUUUAUACCUUGUAAGACCUUUGUGAUUUUUUUCCUGUCAUAUUGCUUUUAAGGAUUUAAAGUGUUUUAGUAGCAGCCCAUAUAGCAGUAUAGUGGGGAAAGCCACUGACUAUAAUGCUGGCAUCCCUUAUCAGUAUUGGUUUGUGUUCCAACUGCUACACGUCUGAUCCAGCUCCAUGCUAAGGCAUGGGAAAAGCAGCAGAAGAUGGUACCAGUUCUUGGGCCCCUGCUACUUACAUGGGAAACCUUUGUCUCUGUCUCUCUGUCACUUUGACUUUCAAAUGAAUAAAUAAAAAAAAGUGUUUUAGGAUGGUUGGUAAUAUUGCUUGAGCAAAAGGAUGGAGUUAACAUUUGUUGAAGAAAGUGUUAAUUUUUUUAAAGAUCUAUUUUACUUAUUUGCAAGGUAUAGUUAGAGAGUGAGAGACAGAGAGAGAUCUUCCAUCUGUUGAUUCACUCCCCUAAUGGCUGCAGCAGCCAAGCAGUGCCAGGCUGAAGCCAAGAGUCAGGAACUUCAUCUGGACCUCCCACAUAGCUGCAGGGGCCCAAGCACUUGGGCCAUCCUCUGUUACUUUCCCAGAUGCAUUAACAUGAAGCUGGAUUAGAAGUGGAGCAGCUGGGGCUCAAGCAGGUGCUCAUAUGGGAUGUUGACAUUGCAGGUGAUGGUGUAACCUGUUACUCCAUAAGACUACCCCAAAGAGUGUUUUAAUUCUUUGCUAUGCUUUUUACAUAUUUUAUUGCUUUGAAUUCUUGUACUUCCCUGAGAGAUACCAUCUUCCUUUAGAAUUUGAGAACAUUGAGACCAAGUGACCAUUUUUGUCCAUAAACACAUAGUAAAUAUUGAAGCCCAGUUUGUGUUCUCUAUAAGAACAUGAAAAUCUGAGCAGAUGACUGAUGCAUUGGACUCUAGCCUGUCUCCACUAGUUCUGAAAUUUUAUGUGAUUUGGAGUUGCUCAGAACCAUGACAUUACACUGGACAUACUGGGCAACCCACACAAUAAAGACCUUCCAGAUGUUUUGCCAUGUAAUAGAUAACUGCUAAUACCACUCGAAAACACUUAAAAGGAAUUUUCCUGUUAACAUCUUAACCUUGGAAUUCUUGGCAUUGAUUCAUAUUGAGGAUCCUUUAGAGAAAAAUCACAGAACAGUUAACUGCUCUUUUGGAACCAGAGCCUCUUAACUUUGUCUUUUGCAUCACUUGUCCUUUCUUGUUCAGCCUUUUUCUGUACCAUCUAGUCAAAGUUGAAUUUCUUUUCAUUUUGUUGGCUACUGGACACAGGUUCUUUUUUGUAAGACAGACAGACAGCUCAGAGCAGCAUACUCAGUACAUUCUAAGGCCAACUUGACUAGGUUUGAAACCCCAGCUGAGCUUUUGACUGAGCAGGUUGAUUAAGUCUCUGUGCCUUAGUCUUUGUAUCAUAGAUCUGGACAAUAAUACUGCCUGACAGAAUUAUGAGGAUUAAGUAAAUUAAUACAUGUAAGACACUUAAACAGAGGUUGGAGCAUUUUAAGCCUUCAAUAAAUGUGAGGACUUCCUGCAUAUUUUUAAUUUCAGAUCAAAAAGCUUAUGACAGUCUGGGCUGUAAUUCAGGGAACUCACCAGAAGUUAAAUGUUAGCUUUAAUCCUUUGCCUGAGCAUUACUAGCCUGCCUAUAGAGUUUUCUGUUUAAACAUUCUUUUUCUUUCUUUAAAGGUUGAUUUAGUUAUUUGAAAGGCAGAGUUACAGAGAGAGAAGGAGAGAUAGAGAUUCCAUUCACUGGUUCACUCCGCAAAUGGUGCAACAGCUGGGGCUGAGCCAGGGCGAAGCCAGGAGCCUGGAACUCCAUCCAGGUCUCCCAUAUGGGGUUCAGGGACUCCAAGCAAGGAGCCGAUUGGAAGUGGAGCAGCCAGGGCACUAACUGGUACCCACACGGGAUUCUGGUGUUGCAGAUGGUGGCUUAUUUUUUGUUUCUUUCCCUCCCUCCCUCCCUCCCUCCCUCCCUUCCUCCCUUCUUCCCUUCCUCCCUUAUUUUAUUUAUUUGAGAGUUAAGAUUUACAGACAGUGAGAAGGAGAGACAGAAAGGUCUUAGCUAAUCCGAAGCCAGGAGCCGGAAACUUCCGCCAUACCUCCCACACAGGUGCAGGGGUCCAGGCAUUCAGGCCAUCUUUUUUUUUUUUUUUUUUUUUUUGACAGGCAGAGUGGACAGUGAGAGAGAGAGACAGAGAGAAAGGUCUUCCUUUGCCGUUGGUUCACCCUCCAAUGGCCGCCGCGGCCGGCGCGCUGCAGCCGGCGCAGCGCGCUGAUCCGAUGGCAGGAGCCAGGAGCCAGGUGCUUUUCCUGGUCUCCCAUGGGGUGCAGGGCCCAAGCACCUGGGCCAUCCUCCACUGCACUCCCUGGCCACAGCAGAGGGCUGGUCAGGCCAUCUUCUACUGCUUUCCCAGGCCACAGCAGAGAGCUGGAUCAGAACAGGAGCAAGCCGGGACUAGAACUGGUGCCUAUAUGGGAUGCCGGUGCUGCAGGUGGAGGAUUAACCCACUGCACCACAGUGCCAGGUCCCCAGAUGGUGGCUUAACUUGUUGCACCAUGACUGUGCCCGCCCCCGCCCUCCACCCCCCGCCCCCAGGAUCCAAUUUUCUAAACUGCACCUGAUUUCAUACAUGAAGAAGCUGUGAAAUCUUUUUUGAUUCUCAUUAUUGUCCUGCCUUAAAGGCCACAUGGGAAUUUGGACCUGAGCCUUUGUUCUAUCCCUGCUCCAAAUGAUUCAUUUGGACUUUUUUUUUUUUUUUUUUUUUUUUUACAGGCAGAGUGGACAGUGAGAGAGAGAGACAGAGAGAAAGGUCCUCCUUUUGCCGUUGGUUCACCCUCCAGUGGCCGCCGUGGCCAGUGUACUGCGGCCGGCGCACUGUGCUGAUCCGAUGGCAGGAGCCAGGUACUUAUCCUGGUCUCCUGUGGGGUGCAGGGCCCAAGUACUUGGGCCAUCCUCCACUGCACUCCCGGGCCACAGCAGAGAGCUGGCCUGGAUGAGGGGCAACUGGGACAGAAUCUGGUGCCCCGACCGGGACUAGAACCCGGUGUGCCGGUGCUGCAGGUGGAGGAUUAGCCUAGUGAGCUGUGGCACUGGCCUCAUUUGGACUUGAAGCUGUUCAGGUGAUUAGAAAGGAGGAGAUAAAGUAAGUAGAAAUCCAAACAGUUUAUGUUGAUGUUACCAGUAACAGGAUGCAAUGAUCAACACAGAACUCCAGAGGUGGGGUCUUAAAUUCUUGGCUCUAUUGACCAUUCUGCUGCACCUGGAAAGCAAGUCAAAACUACCAAGGUAUCUCCACAACUCACCUUGUCCCCAUAAAUAUUCUUAGAAGUUAACUUAGAUCUCCUGGGGCAUCUGUGAACUUGUCUAGAAUCUCUUGGAUAUUUUAGCCCUGGAACUAUUUAAAAACAAGGUGAUUUCUAGGAGUAGAGAGAGUGAGGAAAACUCGAGAUCAGACCUAAGCCUACUUAUUAGGUACCUGUGACAUGGGUUAACUUUGCAUGACAGCUAGGGUGAAUGGUGAUUAGCAGUAUGAAUUCUUUUUAGUCAGUAUCAUUAGGGAAAAAAAUCUAAUAUCCAGCUUGCUUCUCAACUGCUUUCCCCAACAUUGUACAUGUGUACCUUGAGUAUUAAUCAGGUUGGAUUAUUUGCUAUUGCCAAGUUUUUGUUCAUUUUAUUUCCUUUGCCAGAAAUAAACUAGCUAUGUUUUGAGA